GCGGGACCCCGCCGCCGCCGCCCCCGGCCCGCGACCCCGCGGCGCAGCCCAGGCGGCGGAGAGGCUGUCCUCGCUGAGGAGGGCUGGGAGGGCGCGGGCGGCGAGCGGGCGGCCAGCGAGCGGCCUUGACGCCGUCCCUUUCGCCGCCGCCUUCUGCUCGCCUCUCGCCGCCGUGCAUUUCUUCCUUUUCCUUUGUCUCUUCCCCCCUCGCGUGUGUGAGGAUUGUUGGUGAACAAAAGUGCAGCCUCAAGAUGGCUGAUGGCAACGAGGAUCUGCGGGCGGACGACUUGCCGGGGCCAGCCUACGAGGGCUACGAGUCCAUGGAGCUCGCCUGCCCGGCCGAGCGCAGCGGCCACGUAGCGGUGGGCGACGGGCGCCACAUGUUCGUCUGGGGCGGCUACAAGAGUAAUCAAGUCAGAGGACUAUAUGACUUUUAUCUGCCUAGAGAAGAACUAUGGAUCUACAACAUGGAGACCGGAAGAUGGAAAAAAAUUAACACGGAGGGAGAUGUUCCUCCUUCCAUGUCAGGAAGCUGUGCUGUGUGCGUAGACAGGGUGCUCUACUUGUUUGGAGGACACCAUUCAAGAGGCAAUACGAAUAAGUUCUACAUGCUGGAUUCAAGGUCUACUGACAGAGUAUUACAGUGGGAAAGGAUUGAUUGCCAAGGAAUUCCUCCAUCAUCAAAGGACAAACUUGGUGUCUGGGUAUAUAAAAACAAGUUAAUAUUUUUUGGAGGUUAUGGAUAUUUACCUGAAGAUAAAGUUUUGGGAACUUUUGAAUUUGAUGAAACAUCUUUUUGGAAUUCAAGCCACCCAAGAGGAUGGAAUGAUCAUGUACAUAUUUUAGACACUGAAACAUUUAUCUGGAGUCAGCCUAUCACUACUGGUAAAGCACCUUCACCUCGUGCUGCCCACGCCUGUGCAACUGUUGGAAACAAAGGCUUUGUGUUUGGAGGCAGAUAUCGAGACGCUAGAAUGAAUGAUCUUCACUAUCUUAAUCUGGAUACGUGGGAGUGGAACGAAUUAAUUCCACAAGGCAUAUGCCCAGUGGGCCGAUCUUGGCACUCACUAACACCAGUUUCUUCAGAUCAUCUCUUUCUUUUUGGAGGAUUUACCACUGAUAAACAGCCACUAAGUGAUGCCUGGACUUACUGCAUCAGUAAAAAUGAAUGGAUACAGUUUAAUCAUCCCUAUACUGAAAAACCAAGGUUAUGGCAUACAGCUUGUGCCAGUGACGAAGGAGAAGUAAUUGUUUUUGGUGGAUGCGCCAAUAACCUUCUUGUCCAUCACAGAGCUGCACACAGUAAUGAAAUACUUAUAUUUUCAGUUCAACCAAAAUCUCUUGUAAGGCUAAGCUUAGAAGCAGUCAUUUGCUUUAAGGAAAUGUUAGCCAACUCAUGGAACUGCCUUCCAAAACACUUACUUCACAGUGUUAAUCAGAGGUUUGGUAGUAACAACACUUCUGGAUCUUAAAGGCUUCAUAGAUCAUGCCUCUGAUCCCCUUGCAUGGACAGCAAUUCUGUAAACAUCAAAGAGUGGCAUCAUUUGUAUAAUUAUAUGCAUUGUUGUAGUUUGCAGCUUUUUGGUUUUAAUGUGCAUGUGAAUGGCCUAGAGAACCUAUUUUUGUGUCUAAAGUUUACAAUAAAUGUAUUUAACACCA